GGCGCUGCGGCUCGCCUGCGGGCGAAGAAGGGGCUCCCUCUCGCGCGCUGAGCUCCUCGCCCUCCAUCAUGAGCAAUCAGCCGGUGCAAGGACUCCCCCUCCUGCCAGGCUCGUCCUUUCGGGACCCCACGAAAACUGCUUUUCAUCGUUCUCAGACCCUGGGUUACAAAAACGGUUUUGCCUUUAAGCAACUUCCAAAAGUUGGGAUUGGUGGGACUCGGAUUAAUGUAAACCAGCUAUCUCAAGCGGAGCUGGAUGAACUCUCCAACAAGAGACCCACAUUAACAUAUGGUGAACCCAAGCAAGCCCCACCUUCAGACUUCAUACCUGCACAUGUGGCUUUUGACAAAAAGGUGCUGAAAUUUGAUGGCUACUUUCAAGAAGAUGUCCCCAUAUCUACAGAAGAGCAUUUUCGCAUCCGCAAAGUUGGCAUUUAUUACUAUUUGGAAGAUGAUAGUAUGUCUGUCAUGGAGCCAAUUGUGGAAAACUCUGGAAUUCCCCAGGGCAAGCUCAUCAAAAGGCAACGCCUGCCCAAGAAUGAUCGUGGGGACUAUUAUCAUUGGAAAGAUCUGAACCGAGGAAUUAACAUUACUAUCUAUGGCAAGACUUUCAGAAUAGUUGAUUGUGAUGCAUUCACAGAGACCUUUCUACAGAGUCAAGGAAUUGAACUGAACCCCCCAGAGAAAAUGAUUUUUGAUCCUUACACAGAGUUGCGUAAAAUGCCUCUGCGCAUGUAUGUUACACCCUCAGAUUUUGAUCAACUGAAGCAGUUUUUGGCCUUUGAUAAAAAGGUGCUUCGUUUCUAUGCCAUGUGGGAUGACACUGAGAGCAUGUUUGGUGAGAAUCGUCGUUUCAUCAUUCACUAUUAUUUGGCAGAUGAUACAGUGGAGGUGCGAGAAGUCCAUGAGCGAAAUAAUGGCAGAGAUCCUUUCCCAGUGUUAAUAAGACGCCAGCGGUUGCCCAAAAAAAUUGUGGAGAACAAAGGAACCUUUCCCUCUUGUGUGCUGGAGAUUUCUGACCAGGAAGUCCUGGAAUGGUUCACAGCUAAAGAUUUUGCUGUAGGCAAAUCCACAACUCUUCUUGGGCGCAAGUUUUUCAUAUAUGAUUGUGAUGAGUUCACUCGCCAGUUCUGUCAAGACAAGUUUGGCAUCACUGACUUCCAGCCUGUUGAUAUAAAGAAGCCACCUCCAGAGGAAAUCAAGCAGGAAAUCCCUCCAUACAAUGGUUAUGGCUUCCUUGAGGACUCGCUUCAGAACUGCUUCAGCCUGAUUCCACAACCACCCAGAAAAAAUAUCAUUAAGAUGUUAGAGAAUGACCGUAAAGUGUUGCGUUAUGCAGCUAUAAUGGAAUCACCAAAUCCUGAUGACAGCAAGAGGCGUUUUGUUCUUUCCUAUUGUCUUGCCACUGAUAUGAUCAGUAUUUAUGAACCACCUGUGCGUAAUUCAGGAAUUAUUGGGGGCAAAUACCUAGGCAGGACUCGAGUUCCUAAGCCAGGGUCUUCUACAGACAACCCUAUUUAUUAUGAACCAGCUGACCUCACAAUAGGUGCUAUGGUGGAAGUGUUUGGGCACAGAUUCAUUAUUGUAGAUGCUGAUGAACAUGUCCUAAAUUACAUGGAAGAAAAUCUGAACAGUUUCCCAGCAGCAGUCGUGCAGUCUAUGAGGGAUCACUUUGCACCUCGCCAGGCAGCAAAAGAGGCAGUAAAGAGGUUAGCUGAAAGUGAACCUGAUGCACUGGGUACAUUAAGUGGACAACUGCAGGAACAUAUGCAGCGACACAACUACUUGCCAGAUAGCAAUAUGCAGGCAGCUUUUCUUGAACAAGACAAAGAUGGCUCUGGGCUAAUCAACAAAGCAGAGUUCUUUGCCCUGUGUGACCGCUUUAAGGUGCCUGUUGAUGAUCCGAUUUUCCAAAAGCUUAUCAACCUGUGUUCUCACGGGGAAAACCAGGUAAGAUAUCCCAGCUUCCUCAGAGCUUUCCAAGGCUGAUCACCAGGAGGAGUACAAGAGGCAACUGAAGACAUGACAUUUCUUUAUGUAUCAAUGUGUAUUAAAGUGUGAUUUCUGAGCAUUUCUGUUGGCUUCCUGCCUCCUUG